AAAAUGAAGGUAAAUUGAAUAUUUGGUAAAUGUUUAAUCACACAAAACCGAAAACUCCCUUUGAGUGAUCCGCAAGCUCAUCAUCACAGCUCACUCUCCUGGUUCUGGGCACAGGGUGACGACUGUAUAGUCUGUAUGCAAUAGGCCAAUGGCCUCUUUGGUUGGGCAGCUGGUUUUUUCCUUGGAUAAUAAUGGCUACAAGGCCUGGGAGGACCCAUCUUUCAUCAAGUGGAGGAAAAGGGACCCUCAUGUCACUUUGCAUUGCCAUGAUUCUGUUGAAGGAUCACUUAAAUUCUGGUAUGAACGCAGCAAAGUGGAUUAUGUUGUUGCUAAUUCUGCUGUUUGGAAUGAUGAUGCUGUUAAUGGAGCUCUUGAUAGUGCUGCUUUUUGGGUCAAGGGCUUGCCAUUCGUCAAGUCUUUGUCUGGCUACUGGAAGUUUUUCUUGGCUCCCAGUCCUAAUCGUGUCCCUGUGAAUUUUCAUGACAAUGCAUAUCUGGAUUCUGAGUGGGAAACUUUGCCAGUUCCUUCAAAUUGGCAGAUGCAUGGAUUCGAUCAGCCUAUUUAUACAAAUAUAGUAUAUCCUUUUCCACUGGAUCCUCCAUCUGUUCCUGUGGACAAUCCCACUGGUUGCUACAGAACGUACUUCAAUGUCCCUAAAGAAUGGAAGGGUCGUAGGAUUUUGUUGCACUUUGAAGCUGUCGAUUCUGCCUUUUGUGCAUGGGUAAAUGGGGUUGCUGUAGGAUAUAGUCAGGAUAGUAGACUACCUGCGGAGUUUGAAAUCACUGAUUAUUGUUAUCCUUGCGAUUCGGACUCUAAGAAUGUUCUAGCUGUUCAAGUAUUUAGAUGGAGUGAUGGCUCUUAUCUUGAAGAUCAGGAUCAUUGGUGGCUAUCUGGUAUUCAUCGUAAUGUGCUUCUUCUAGCCAAGCCACAGGUUUUCAUUGCUGACUAUUUUUUCAAAUCAAACCUGGCAGAAAAUUUUUCUUAUGCAGAUAUACAGGUUGAAGUAAAAAUAGACAACUCUCAUGAAACAUCAAAAGACACUGUUCUUGCGAACUACACUAUAGAAGCUGCAUUAUAUGACACUGGCAGCUGGUACAACUGUGAUGGAAAUGCUGAUCUGCUUUCAUCUAAUGUGGCUAAUAUAAAGCUCAAUCCAUCUACCACAAGUCUAGGAUUUCAUGGCUAUGUGCUUGUUGGGAGAAUUGAAAUGCCAAGGCUUUGGUCUGCGGAGCAACCAAAUCUGUACACACUAGUUGUUAUCCUGAAAGAUGCAUCUGGCCAUGUAGUUGACUGUGAAUCGUGCCUAGUAGGCAUAAGACAAGUAUCUAGAGCCCAUAAACAGCUACUCGUUAAUGGGCGUCCAGUCAUAAUAAGAGGUGUGAACAGGCAUGAACAUCAUCCACGGGUGGGGAAGACAAACAUAGAGUCCUGCAUGGUUAAGGAUUUGGUUCUAAUGAAGCAAAACAAUAUCAAUGCUGUGAGAAACAGCCAUUAUCCUCAACAUCCCCGUUGGUAUGAGUUGUGUAAUUUGUUUGGCAUGUACAUGAUAGAUGAAGCUAAUAUUGAGACACAUGGUUUUGAUCUAUCUCGGCAUCUGAAGCAUCCUACUUCCGAACCAACUUGGGCUGCUGCCAUGAUGGAUCGUGUAAUAGGCAUGGUGGAGAGAGACAAAAAUCAUGCAUGCAUUAUUUCUUGGUCCUUAGGAAAUGAAGCCGGAUAUGGUCCUAAUCAUUCUGCUUUAGCCGGUUGGGUGCGGGGGAGGGAUUUCUCACGGCUAUUGCACUAUGAAGGAGGUGGAUCUAGAACCCCAUCUACAGAUAUUGUAUGCCCCAUGUAUAUGCGUGUCUGGGACAUAGUGAAGAUUGCAAAAGAUCCAACAGAAACACGUCCUUUGAUAUUGUGCGAGUAUUCACAUGCAAUGGGAAACAGCAAUGGGAGUCUACACGAAUAUUGGGAAGCAAUAGAUAGCACAUUUGGUCUCCAAGGAGGCUUUAUCUGGGAUUGGGUUGAUCAGGGGCUAUUGAAGGAUAGUGCAGAUGGUAUAAAGCACUGGGCAUAUGGAGGUGACUUUGGGGAUAUUCCUAAUGAUUUGAAUUUCUGUUUGAAUGGGAUUAUGUGGCCAGAUCGAACUCCUCAUCCUGCAGUACAUGAAGUCAAGUAUCUCUAUCAACCGAUCAAGGUUUCAUUAGAGAAAGGAACACUUAAGGUAACGAACGCCCAAUUUUUUGAAACAACACAAGGAUUGGAAUUCAGUUGGGCUGCUAAUGGGGACGGAUGUGAACUUGGAACUGGAGUUUUAUCUCUUCCCCUGAUAGAACCACAGAGUAGUUUUGAUAUUGGAUGGAAGUCGGGUCCAUGGUAUUCUCUAUGGGAUUCAUCAUUUGCAGAAGAAUUUUUUGUAACAAUAUCUGUUAAGCUAUUGCAGUCCACACAUUGGGUUGAAGCUGGCCAUAUCAUUUCAUCUACACAAGUACAGUUGCCUACCAAAAGAGAGAUCGUUCCUCAUGUCAUCAAAACUACGGAUGCUACCUUCCUUGGUGAAAUUCUUGGGGAUACAAUCAUAGUGAGCAGACAAAACUUUUGGGAGAUAAAACUGAAUGCUCAGACAGGAAUAAUUGAAAGCUGGAAGGUUGAAGGAGUUACUGUGAUGAAUAAAGGCAUUCUCCCAUGCUUCUGGAGGGCACCUACUGAUAAUGACAAAGGGGGAGAUGCAAAUAGUUAUUUAUCUAAGUGGAAAGCUGCUAAUAUUGAUAGUCUUCUCUAUAUUACUGAAAACUGUUCUAUACAGAAUAUGACAGACAGCCUUGUGAAAAUUGCAGUGGGUUUUAUUGCUGUCCCGAGGGGUGAGAAGGGUUCUCUCGCUCAGUUGGAAAAAUCAAAUGCUUUAUUCAAAAUUGAUAUGAUUUACACAAUAUAUGGCUCUGGGGAUGUCAUUGUGGAAUGCAAUGUCAAACCAAAUUCUUCAAAUCUUCCUCCUUUGCCUCGUGUGGGACUUGAGUUUCACUUGGUGAAGUCAAUGGACAAGAUAAAGUGGUAUGGAAAAGGGCCAUUUGAAUGUUAUCCGGAUAGAAAAGCAGCUGCACAUGUUGGGGUCUAUGAGCAGAAAGUGGAUGACAUGCAUGUUCCUUAUAUUGUUCCUGGGGAAUGUUCGGGUAGGGCUGAUGUUAGAUGGGUGACAUUUCAAAGCAAAGAUGGAUUUGGGAUUUAUGCUUCAAUCUAUGGUAGCUCUCUUCCUAUGCAAAUGAGUGCAAGUUACUACACCACAGCAGAGCUUGACCGGGCCACACGCAACGAAGAGCUUAUUAAAGGAGAUGACAUUGAGGUCCAUCUUGACCACAAGCACAUGGGAUUGGGUGGAGAUGAUAGCUGGUCCCCUACUGUCCAUGAUCAGUAUCUGAUUCCUGCUGUACCCUACUCAUUCUCCAUCAGGUUGUGUCCAAUAACUCAAGCCACCUCUGGUCAUGACAUCUACAAAUCCCAACUCCAAAACUAGUUACAUUUCUAGUUGCAUGACUUGAUCAAACGUCGACUAUGUCUAUUACCGUGAACUGAACUGUUUCCUUGAGAUCAUAUAUUGCCUUAGAAGUUGGUGAAUAAAUCUCCAAUCCACACCAGAAUUGGGACUUCCACCUUCAGGCUAUAAAGCUUGCUCUAUGCAAGUUGGGUUGCUCCACUGCCAUGGGACUUGAUCCUUCAGAUAUUUGCUUGCCUUUCGGCAUGAUGCUUGUAUGCAAACUACUUGCCACCUUUGUUAAAUAAGAUCUCUUGGGGAAACUAACAUCAGUUAUAAAUUAUAUUGUCAAUUA